GGUUUCGGUUACGCUGCAAGAAAGUAUGGAAUGUCAUCCGACAGUAUUAUUAGUGCCGAUAUGGUUACUGCAAAUGGGACUUUCUUAUCUUCUAUCAACUCCACAAAUAAUCCAGAUCUAUAUUUUGCGCUUCGAGGUGCUGGUAAUGCCGGUUACGGCAUAAUUACCUCAUUGACCUUUAAGAUAUAUCCUAUUCCACCAAUAAUUACCGCAAUUAAUAUAUCAUACGUUUCAGAACAAGUCGAAUUUGUAUUCAAGUCACUUGAAAAAGUGGCUAAAACCCUUAAUAAUAAUAUAUCACCCUACAUACGAAUAGUACCUAAAAAUGAUAGAUUAUAUAUUUGUUUAUUUUACGGUGAAUUUUUAGGUUCAGUUGAAGAGGCAAAAAGUGCUGUCAAAGAAUUAAUUGAAUUAUCAAAUCCCGUUUAUACAAGAUUUGUAGAAAUGUCUUGGUGGGACAUGAUUAAAGGAGCUCCUACAUAUGAUCGCCAACCAAGUAAAUCAAGUUCUUAUGUUAUCGGGUCACCAGGUCUUCCUCUAGAAGGCAUUAACUUUUUAAGAAAUUUUAUUGAUAAUGUUGAAUGUACUACAAAAGCAAUAUUUGACUUAUAUGGUGGUGCUAUAAGUAGAUUUUCUGUAAAUAGCUCUGCCUUUAUUCACAGAGAAGCACUUUAUGUCUUGCAAAUAGCAAUGCAUGUAAAAGGAUAUAGCCAAGAAGUUCAAGCAAAUGCUUAG